AAAGCCUACGUUCACUCAGCAGCAGACCAGAAACAAUUGAGAGUCAGAGAGGAGAUUACAAAGUAACUGAGCCUCACUCUUUUUUUUUUCCCGAGUGUGAUACUUGGUGACGUGAGGCGGUCGCUCGUAUUAUCCCCCUUAGGUCUGUGGUCAGUCAGACUUUCACUCACACUGUGUGUGUGUGUGUGCUUGUAUACUCGUGUUUAGUCCACUUAGUUCUUCAGAAACAACUACACGUCUUCCCAUCUUCUCCAGGAUGCAGCUCACUACAGAGGAGAAAAUAGAGCUCGGACUCAAAGUGGAGGGAUCAGACAAUCCUGCAUUUGUGGGUAAAGAGAGUGAUGAACAGCCACAGCUGACAGUGGAUGUCGAGGAGCCACACACAGAGACUCCCGAGGAGAAUGCGGACAAAGGAGUAGAUCUGGUUUACUCCCUCAAUGACAGGCCCCCAUGGUACCUCUGCAUCCUGCUUGGCUUCCAGCAUUACAUCCUUGCUUUCGGUGGCAUCAUUGCUAUCCCUCUCAUCCUGGCUGAGCCCCUCUGCAUUAAGGACAACAACUCUGCCAAAAGCCAGCUCAUUUCCACCAUAUUCUUUGUGUCGGGGUUGUGUACACUGCUGCAGACCACUGUCGGUGUCAGGUUACCGAUCCUCCAGGGAGGGACCUUCAGCUUCAUCACUCCGACCCUGGCCAUUCUAGCUCUGCCCAAGUGGCAAUGUCCAGACCCAAAGGCGCCUGUGAUGCUGUCUGUGCAUUUACAAAAUGCCACCAGAUCACAGCUUAUGGAGAACUCUGACGAAGUCUGGAUGUCACGAUUGCGAGAGAUCCAGGGGGCCAUACUGAUGUCGUCGCUGAUCCAGCUCGUCCUUGGCUUUUCCGGGCUUGUGGGCUUAGUGCUAAAAUACAUCGGACCUCUGGCUAUCGCUCCCACCAUCAACCUGAUUGGCCUGUCACUCUUUAUCGAAGCUGGAAAGAAGUCUGGAGGUCACUGGGGUAUAGCUGCUCUGACUGUGUGCCUGAUCCUCCUCUUCUCCCAGUAUCUCAGCAAAGUCAACGUUCCAAUGAUUGCAUACAAGGACAAGAAGUGGAAGGUUUUCCAGUAUCCACUCUUCAAGCUCUUCUCUGCUUUGUUUGGGAUGUGUGGAGGAUGGCUGGUCUGUUUUCUGCUCACCGUCUUUGACGUCUUGCCUUCCAAGCCCACCGAGUACGGCUACUCGGCCAGGACUGACAUCAGCCUGGAUGCUGUGACCAAUUCUCCGUGGAUCAACGUGCCUUACCCAGGUCAGUGGGGCAUGCCCACAUUGAGUGUUUCUUCGGUGCUGGGCAUGAUGGCAGGCGUCUUGGCAUCGACCAUGGAAUCAAUUGGUGACUACUAUGCUUGUGCUCGUUUGUCCGGCGCCCCUCCACCACCGACUCACGCCAUUAACAGGGGAAUAGCUAUCGAGGGCAUUGGCUGCAUCAUCGCCGCACUGUGGGGAACUGGAAACGGUACCACCUCCUAUAGCCAGAACAUUGCUGCACUAGGCAUUACCAAGGUUGGCAGCAGACUGGUCCUCCAGACAACUGGCAUUCUCAUGAUCUUCCUGGGAAUCUUUGGGAAGUUUGGCGCAGUUUUUAUUACCAUCCCCGACCCAGUCAUUGGAGGCAUGUUCCUUGUUAUGUUUGGAAUGAUUGCAGCAGUGGGGAUUUCAAAUCUUCAGUAUGUGGACCUGAAUUCAUCACGUAACCUUCUCAUCCUUGGCGUCUCUACCUUCAGUGGACUCGUCUUACCUACCUGGUUUCACUCCAAUCCAGGUGUCAUUGAUACAGGAAUAAAAGAACUGGACCAAGUGAUCGUGGUGCUCUUCACAACACACAUGUUCAUUGGAGGAUUCCUAGGGUUCGUUCUGGACAACACUAUUCCAGGUACUGACAAAGAGAGGGGCAUCAACAGUUGGCAGGAAAAGGUGCAAGAUGGUGGCAAAAUGGCUUGUGACCUGUCUUGCUAUGAUAUCCCUUUCUGUAAUGGGAUUUUUAAAAGGUUCAGAUGUUUCCAGUACCUGCCAUUCCUCCCUUCUUACAAGACCACCCAGCAGUCUAAGUAACCAGAUGCAAACUUCGACUGAAGGAUUGAUGCUGGCCCUUUGGCUCUUUUAAGCCAAACCGUAGUUACCUAGUUAGGAUUAAAACAACAUUUUAUGUUCAGGUAUACAAAAAUGUCAGUGUGGGGCUAUUGCAUUUUUUUUUUAUUAUUUAUUUAUCAAAUUUCCCAAAUGUCAAAAUGAAAGUGUAAAUCUUUUAAAAUUGACACAGCAAUUUAUUGUUUGCCUUCUUCGUGUAUACCUGGGCAAUUCAGGCUGAGGUGAUGUCUGACCCUCUUUAUUACUGUACUGUAAGACGUAUUUAAUGGCUAAACUAGCAAAGAGCAGUAUGAUUCACCGAGAAAGGUCCAGUGCAUAAAAUUUGGGGGUUUCUGAAUAUGAUAUCUUGACUAUCUGCAUUGAUGUAUUAUCUCCAGAAAAUUGGUAGAACUGUUGUGUUUUCCUCACCUAAGAAUAAUACGUUUUAAUUACAUGGGGAGCAGGUCCUCUUCCAUGGAGUCUGCCAUGUUGUACCUCCAUAUUUGUACAGUAGCACACAAUGGACAUAUCGGACUCUGGCUUUACGGGGGAGCUUUUGCAUGUUUUUGUGCAGUGGUCUCUCAUACACAUUUGGAUAGGGAGUCUAUAGCUAAAGGAAAUCAUUUGGUUGCACAUCCUACACACUGAUCCUUUGAUAAGAGGCUAAAAUGAAGUUAAUGUGACUGUAAAUGCAUGCAGAUUUGGCGAUUAGGCACAAUUGGACACUCUAAAUUGACCGUAGGUGUGUGUGAGAGUGGACAGUUGUCUCUAUGUGGCCCUGUGAUGUCCAGGGUGUACCCCACCUUUAACCCUAUCAGCUGGGAUUGGCACCAGCACCCUCCGUGACCCUCAUGUGGAGGAUAAAGUGGUAGAAGAUGAGUGUGAUUGAGUGAGUGAGUGAGUGAGUGAGUGAACUUGUAAAUGAUAGAUACAUACGCACACAACCGCAAACCUGUGGUUCCAUUCCAUACUAUCAGGGUCCACAUACUUAGAGUAUUCUAUUUCAAUAUCAUUUCCUACACAGAACCCAAACCCAGCAGUGUAUUUGUGCAAAAGUUAAUGUAAGCUGCACGUAGAUGUGUAAAAAAAGAACAAACUGGUAAUUCAUUUUAAAAUAAAAGUUACAAAUACAGCAAUAAGUGGAAAGCUAUAAUGUGCUAUACACCAACCUAUGUCCUGUCUUUUGAUGCAUGAAUCGUUUUAAUGAAGGCGCCAUGCUGUUACUUUUUCAGAAAGGCUCACAAUGUCUGUGAGACAAAGUUUAACCUGUAUAUUACUGUGGUAUAUUACUUCUCAGCUUGAAAUACUUUGUCUAAUGCACUUAAGCCAUGAUGAGAAAUAAGAAAAACACAUUUCUGUCCAAACGUGUAAGAGUUAACACAGUAUCGGUUGUUAUGGUUAUGGAAUGAUUUGUGUCCUGUGACCACUGCACCGUGCCCCCAAACCCCCACACAUGCUGUACACACAAACAUGUGUUUUUCUUAUUGUAUUCAUUUUGCACCAAUAUUCAGUGGCACAGAACCCGAGUGAGAAAUGUAUUUAAGUGUCAUGAAGUUAAGCCACUGUUGAGGUGUUACAAAAGUGUUGAAACUAACAAGAUGUUUUUUUUCCCUCAGUUGUCUAAUUACUACCUCAGCAGCAACACUGGCUACAUAAACAACAUGUUUUUAAAAAUGA